GCUGUUCUGCAUGGGCCGCCAGGCACGGGAAAGACGCUCACUGCAGAAGCGGUAGCAGAGUACCUGAAAAGGCCUUUGUAUAUGGUUGGUUCUUCGGAGCUGCCCGCUGCGCCCUCGCAACUCGAGGAAAGCCUGAGGAGUAUUCUGAAGCUGGCGACAGCUUGGGAUGCAGUACUGCUGAUUGAUGAAGCCGAUGUGUAUCUAGAACGGCGGAGCUUGCACGAGCUGUCCCGCAACGCACUUGUUUCGGUGGCUUUGCGGGUUCUGGAAUACCAUCGAGGAGUACUAUUCCUGACAACUAAUCGCAUCAAGAACUUCGAUGACGCUUUUCUGUCGCGUUUCUCGAUAGGUAAGGAACCCAAUAUUAAACCUACUGAUCGCUCUGAUCAAACCAUCGGCCGCAGGUAUCAAGUAUUCGGAGCUUGA